AUGGAUGGACAUUCUAAUGGAGAUUGGAGAUUACAGCAUGGGCCUGAUCUACGAGCAAAGGUUAUUGCCGCAAUAGUGCAGAAGUUAAAUAUGUGUUUUCCUACUCACAUUGAUGGUCUUAACAAGACAGCUAUCUCAUUCGAGAAUAAGAUCUAUGGUGUGGCCAAAGAUAAGGAUGAUUACUUGCGAAAAAUCAGCGAAAAAGUAUUUGCUGUCAUUAGAAAAUUCACAACUGGUUCUUCAGCCAAUGGAGCUCAUUCUCCAAAUCCAGCAGCUCAAUCUCUGAAUCAAGGACAAUCACUUCCCACCUCGUUGACAUAUGCACAGACUCCAACAAGCCAGCAACGGUUACCUCAAAGCAACAUCCAGAGAAAUCUGAACAUUCUUGACUCUUCUGGUUUGCCCACUCAGGCUCCUAUAACCGUUUCCGCGGCUCAGAAUCUAAACAUUCAAAUGGGUGAAGGAGUUGCAUCAAAUCUUGGUCCCCGUACUCAAAGACAGAUUCAGGGAAGGCAACAGCUUCUUCAGCAUCCUCAACAGCAGCAACAGAGUUCUAACACCAUGUACCAGCAAAGUUUGUUAAGACAACAGCAGUUGCCUCAUCAUACAUCACUAUCUCCUGUUAAGCAAUCCUUUCCUCAGUCUUCUGCUCUUUCUAGUCAACCAUCAUCAAGCCAACAAAACUCUCAGUUCUUGCCAAGACAUACACAGCGGGUCCAUUCUAGUCAUCAACAGCAGAUGGAUGUGCCGUCACAGAAACAGAAUCAUCUAACAUCACCACAAAACAAUGGGGAGAAACAACGAACCUCUCAGCAGAAGAAUAUGGCUAGCUUUAAUGUGCAUGGAUCAAGUUUUCUUGGUACUCAAGGCCAAGAGGUGGACCAGUAUCAACCAAGGAUGCUACAAUAUUUGGAAGAUAAACAAAGGUUUCAAGCAGCAGAUUCUUUGCACCAAAGCCAGAACUUAGCAGACCAACAGAAAAAGCCAUAUCAACUGCAAACAGCCCAUCAGACAAACCGAUCUACUUUUCAAGAUGCUACAAGCAAGGUGGUAAAUACCAGUGGUGAUGACUGGCGAGAAGAGACCUAUCAGAAGAUAAAAGCUCUCAGGGAGAAGUAUAUACUUAUUCUGACUGCAUUGUUCAAAAAACUAUCUGAUAGAGUGCAAGAGGUUGAUUCUCAUCCUCAACAAAAGAUGAUGUCAUCUGAGUGGGUUAAAAAGCUAAGGACGGGAAGAGCGGUGAUGGAACAAGUUCUUAUGUUCUUAAAUGUCAGUAGGAGCAGUGUAUCAGAGAAGCACAGAGAUAUGUUUAGUGUAUAUGAGGCACAUGUAUUGAAUUUCACUAAAACUAAGAGUGCAAAGCAGCAACAACAAGUGCAUUUCCCUCCUUCUCAGAUCAAUCAAACAGCAUCACAUUCCCUUGACAAACAUCAAAUGAACUCAAGUCACCAAAACGGGCCCUUAUCUUCAGUACCUGGCCUGAAGACAAGGCCUAAGAUGGAACCAAAAGAUGACAUUAUGUCCUCAUCAGGAGAUGUCAUGGUACAUUCUCUUGAACAGAAGCCACAGCUGGUCAUACACUCUACUAUCAGCCCAGCUCAUCAACAGCUAUUGCAGAGGCCGCAGCAAGAACCACAAAAGAACCAGCAGCAGCAGCAGCAGCUUCAAAAACCGGAAAAUGAGAUGAAUGAUGUUAGGAUGAGGCAAAGGGUCAACAGUAAAUCUGAGUUGCUUCAGCAGAAACAUCUCUCAACGAGUCAGCGCCAGCUUCCAAAGACACUGGCUUCUCCAGCACGUACAUCCUCUUCUCCUCACUUGAUGGAGAAGCAGACUAUUCCUACACCAUUGAACAAAACACCAGCUCAGGAGCAUCCUCCUCUGGUUACUCCCUCUCCAGAGCCAAUCACAGAGCGGCCUAUUGAUCGUCUCAUAAGAGCUAUUAAAUCAUCAUCACCUGAAUCCUUGGCACAAUCAGUAAGUGAGAUGCGCUCGGUCAUCACCAUGAGUGACAGGCUUGCUGGUUCGGUCUACUCCAUUGGAGAAUCUAGAGAUCGUUUUGUCGAGGAUUUGAGUGAGGGGACAAGGUUUCGUUUGCAAGAAGGAGACACAAAUCCAACAAAGAGAUUUAAGCGCUCAGUUACAGCAACACCUCUAGAUAUCACAUCACAAACUGAUCAUAGCCACAAGACUGAGCCUAGUUAUGCUCUCUUGCAAGAAAUCAAUGAAAUAAAUAAGAGACUUUUUGAGACAGUAGUGAGUAUAUGCAAUGAAGAUGUUUGUCAAAGUGAAGAAGUUACUUCAAGAACAGUCGUCGUUACGUGUUCUUAUGUUCCUGUGGCUAUCAGUGCCACAUUCAAAGCUCUUUACAAUUCAGGACAUGUCUCACAGAUUCAGCCUUUACACUUACUAGUUCCUGAGAAUUAUCCAAAUUCCCCGAUAAUUCUAGAUAAUCUCCUCUUUGAUACCACCAGUGAACACAAGUAUGAGGAUUUAUCUGCAAGGACCAGAUCGAGGUUUGGUUUGUCAAUGAGGAAACAUUCAGAACCAAUGUCUCUUAAAGAAAUAGCUAAAGUUUGGGAUGAGUGUGCGAGGGCUACAAUGGUUGAGUAUGCUGAGAGACAUGGUGGAGGCACUUUCAGUUCCAAGUAUGGUCGUUGGGAGUCUGUUCUCAGAGAUUCAUGA